CGUGUGUGCGUGUGCGUGUGUGUGUGUGUGUGUGUGUGUGUGUGUGUGUGUGUGUGUGUGUUGGUUUGGAUGGUGUGUGAAAUUGCAUGGCCACUGGCUGGUGCGCGCACGUUGUCUCGCGGCGCUCGAGCAGCCUCUCGUGCCUCUCGUCGUCUUCAUCUUCAUCAUCGUCAUCGUCGUCCUCGUCACCUUCAUCAUUGCCACCGUCGUCCAAGCGCUCGAGGCUCGCUCGUGGGGGUCAUGCGCGCCGCACGCGCCGGCUGCUGGCGGCCAUGAAGCGGCAGAACGUGCGGACCCUGUCCCUGAUCGUCUGCACGUUCACCUACCUGCUGGUGGGCGCCGCCGUGUUCGACGCGCUCGAGAGCGACUUCGAGAUGCGCGAGAAGGAGCAGCUGGAGGCGGAGGAGCGGCGGCUGCAGGGCAAGUACAACAUCAGCGAGGACGACUACAGGAAGCUCGAGACCAUCAUCAUGGAGGCCGAGCCGCACCGCGCGGGCGUGCAGUGGAAGUUCGCCGGCUCUUUCUACUUCGCCAUCACCGUCAUCACUACGAUAGGUUAUGGCCACGCGGCUCCAGGCACAGAUGCAGGGAAGGCCUUCUGCAUGUUCUACGCGGUGCUGGGCAUCCCCCUGACGCUGGUGAUGUUCCAAAGCCUGGGCGAGAGGAUGAACACGUUCGUGAAGUACCUGCUGAAGCGCAUCAAGAAAUGCUGCGGCAUGAGGAUCACGGAGGUGUCCAUGGAGAACAUGGUGACGGUGGGCUUCUUCUCCUGCAUGGCGACGUUGUGCAUCGGGGCAGCCGCCUUCUCCCACUACGAGGACUGGAGCUUCUUCCAGUCCUACUACUACUGCUUCAUCACCCUGACCACCAUCGGCUUCGGGGACUUUGUGGCGCUGCAGAAGAACCGAGCACUGCAGCGGAAGCCCCUAUACGUGGCUUUCAGCUUCAUGUACAUCCUGGUUGGGUUGACAGUGAUCGGAGCCUUCCUCAACCUGGUGGUGCUGCGAUUCCUCACCAUGAACAGCGAAGACGAGAGACGGGAUGCCGAGGAGAGGGCGUCUUUGGCAGGAAACAGGAGCAGCAUGGUCAUUCACAUUCAAGAGGAGACGACGCAGAGGAGCCGGCGGAGACGGGAGCACCAAAGGCAGCAGCAGCAGAGGUACAGGUCGGAGGUCACGGACCUGCAGUCCGUUUGCUCCUGCAUGCACUACCAUGAGUUCGGCAGCUCAGCCGCACUUGCUCCAGGAGGUGGAGGAGGAGGAACUGGAAGAGCGUUUUCCCACCAGAACUCCUUCAGCUGCCAGCUGAGUCCAAACCAAUACUUUCACUCCUCGGUGACGUACCGCAUCGAGGAGAUUUCACCAGAAACGCUGAAGAACAACUUCUUGCCUUCCCCCAUCAGCUCCGUAUCCCCCGGCCUCCAUAGCUUCACAGACAACUUACGCCUGAUGAGACGGCGCAAGUCCGUCUGAACAAACGCGACACCCACAUUCUUCCUAGUCCCACCCCCAUUUUUAACAACACCAGUAUUUAUUCAGUGAUAGGUAAAGCGGUCACUGUUGAUACCCAAUCUGCGUUCUCUGUCCAGUCUGUACUAUGCAUGUCCUGCAUGCGUGCAUUACAUUAGCAUUUUACGACUUACGUGACUGAUCCACUACGAAACUUUCCCAAAGUAUUCAUGUGUAUUUUGUGUAUUUUUGCACUCUUCCAUGCUGCAUUAGCAUGAUAUGCUCUUUUGAAUGCAAUAGCUUUUAAAACUUCAUAGCUUUAAGGCUUGAUUAGCUUCUUGAACAGUGUCGCUUUCCCCUGUAUUGGCACAUUGCUAUAAACAUUUGUAAAACAUUGUGAAAAUUGUUACAAUGUUUUACCAUGGUACUACAAGGUUGUUUUUUUCCGGAGACGUCAAAUUUGCAUAUUGUUAUUACCACUUUAUUACAUAUUAUAAUAGGCUCUAAAAAGCUUUCCACUUCCAGUGUUAUGGUGCAUGUUGAAAUGACUUUGUUCUUCACCGAUGUUGUUGAACAAAGCUAGGCAAACUGUAGAUGCUAAACCAGGUCUGUGUGCGUAUAUCUCUCUCAAGUCCUGGUGCUUUCAUUUGAAUGUUUUGUUUUUCCCCACCAAUCGAUAAAAAAGAAACUUUUUAAGUAUUAAGAUGAAAUAUCAUCAGUGUCAUGCAAAAACCGUGUGUCUCCAUUUUUAUUUUUUACUUUUUUCGCAUCAUUUAGAAGCUUUAAGUACCCCUUGCAUAGUGAACACACCAAUAGAAAUGGUCCAGGAUUAAAACAAAAACCCAAAACAUUGUACCUUGACUUCCAUUACAAUCACAGAAUGUUUCCUUCACCUAAGAAUUUCCUUCUCCUGUAAAAUUCCCUUUUUGGAAAUACUAGUUUUUGUUCCGACAGCGACGAUAUGUUUCCGUGGAAAUGUAAAAGGACUAAAAGCUGCUGGAAACAUAAUUUAGUAUAAAGUAAUGUCGUAAAAUGACAGACACUGCAUCAUAAAACGUAAUGGAGUGUACGCAUGCAUGACAGUCUGUGGUGUAAAUUGGUCAUGGGACGCAGAUUGGGCACUAACUCUGCUCCUAGAGAUCAAGGGUUAAGGGUUGAGAAGAACUUAUCCAUGUUGUCACUGUCAUAUCAAAAUAACUAAAAAAAAUGAAAUGAUUUUUCAUACCAUUUGAAAAACGCCAGCUGCCUUUUGCUCUGGGUGAACAAUUCAUAAUGAAUGGACCGAUGAAAAUGGCCCAAAAUUACUCCGAAUAAAAGUUCAGUUCAUUAAUGAAGAUAAUGUUUUUUCAGUCUCCAUUAAAGUCAAAAUUUUUGUUAUGACAGUGACAAAAUUUAUAUCCUUAUGCAGAAGUUUGAAUAUCCCUGGUCAAAAAGAGCAUUCCUCUACAACCUCUUAUACUCGUGGGUAUAUUUUCAUUUGUCCAUCUGAAUUUAUGUGACCAAAUUGUAAGGCAAAUUAUUCAGUAACUGCAUGAAAUACAUGUAAAUUUCUAUUUUUUUUUUUUUUUGUAAAAGUUCGCCUCAUGAAUGAACAGUAAAUGAGUUUUAUGAUCUACUCAUGUUGCUAUAUGCUUACAAUUUACUGCUGAAAGCCAAAAAUCUCAGACGCCCUUUGUGUCACUUUAUAAAAGUAAUUUUUCCAGAGCAGAUCACUGAAGAGACGCCCUGUUUAUAGUUUAGA